AUGGCCGAUCCAUUCCUGUGGGCUAUGUACGGCCUCGCAGAAGACCACUGUAAAGAAAUGGGAUAUACUUUUGCAUUCAUUUCCCAAACUUUCGACGGAGAUCUCUUCGCGAAUCCGAAAUCGAUCCGACCCGAACGGUGUCCCGAAACAGUUAACAGCGACGUAAUUAGAACGUCCGACGAAAUGGACCGACGUUUCCCACUACCGUCGACUGCGUUUGUCGUUCGUGUCGACGCGACGCCACGGGAAAACGGACGAUGCUCGUUACGAAAUAAGGACCACUCUCCGUUCCGAUGCAUAACUACAGUCCGCAAACGCGCGGGUAUAAUAAAUCAUUUGUUUACAGACCAUUCGGACGACGCCGAAAGCGUUGCGGUCCACGUGAACGCGCGAGAUCAAAACACUGCGUCGUCACUGGCGGCGCGGAGCUCACGAAAUGGGUACCGCCGCUCGCGGACACGCGCGCGCGCACGGAUUUCCACAAAGCCACUGUUUCUGUUUCCAGUGCGCUCGCGGCGCGCGGAGGCGGCCGGCCACCGCCAAUUAGCCGUGGCGGCCUUCGAAAACUCCAGGGCUGCCACGCCAAUAACAAUGGGCCCGACGAACGAUGCGCAACCC